UUACGCUAAAAGUUGACACGGAACAUUUUGCGUGCGGACCAAGGAACCGGAAGCUGUGUAUCUUGCUCGUGGAGGUCAAGUUAAAAAACCUGCACGUCUUAGUCUCUCAGGGACGUCUGUGAAGUCUGACUCACCUCAGUCAUGGCGAAGAAGAAGAGACUUCGCUUCAUAGCCGAAAUGGCUCGGAAGAUCCGGGCGUACCGAGAGCUGAAGUCCCGGCCGAGGGACUCGCAGAAAUACGCCCUGGACUACGAGACGAUGAAGCGGCCUCUGACGGGGAAGAGGCUGCCCGUGUUGGCCUGGCAGGACGUCCGGACGGAGACCCGGCUCUUCUCGCUGCUGGCGAGCAUGAGGAUGUUCGGGGUGGGUCGCCUCUUCACCCGCAAGUCGUGGCUGGAGGAUCACGCGGAGCCCAGCUACUGGCAGAUCACCAAGGUCAAGGUGGACUACACCGCCGAGAACAUGGAUCACGGAAAAGCCUGGGGCGUCCUCACAUACAAAGGAAAACCGGAGAGCGAGGCCAGAGAGGUGGACAAGGCCAUGUACCACGACUGGCGUCUGAUUCCCAAACACAAAGAGCAGCAGUUUAAGGACUUUGAGCCCCUCCCGGAUCCGCCCGUUCGCUUCGUCCACUACCCCCCGCUGCUCCGCGCCAUGUUGCUGGCACAGCUUAAAAAAUCUACAGGCGGCGCGAUGCCAGAGGAGCCGUACUUACCUCUGAAGAGGGACGUCCUGCUCAACAAAGACUAUUUCCGUAGACAGGAAAUUGAGAGGCAGAAAAAAGAGGGGACGGCCGUGUGAUGACCACAUGCUUCUAAAGGGACUUUUCUGGACCUCAUCAGUGUUGACAGACGUGUCUUAGUGUCCUGGUUAAGGAUCUGGUGAAGGCCUCACUGUUCGUUUAUGUAUCUGUGUGAUGUUCUAAAUAUUAAAUUGCAAAUAAAAGAUGGCCUCUU